AUGGCGGGUAUUGGAGUAUUUUUUGGUGACAAUCGCCGAAUGAACCUAUCGGAAUCACCAAUACCUGGCAAGCAAACGAAUCAACGUGCAGAGCUAUAUGCUGUGAUUCGAGCUCUACAACGACUCGCACAAGACAGAAACCUAGACCAAAACGACGAGGUUGUCAUAUGGGUUGACUCGGAAUACGUGAGCAAAGGGUGGAAUGAAUGGCUUCCAAAUUGGCAGGAAAACGACUGGUACAACUCUCAAGGGAAUCAAGUCGCGAAUCAAGAUUUAUGGCAAAAGCUUAUCGGCGAAGUCAACGAGACGCCAGCUGAGGUUUCUAUUCAAAAAGUCGCAGGUCAUGCUGGUGUCUAUGGGAACGAACGAGCUGAUGAACUCGCAAAAUCUGCCAUAUAA